AUGUUAAGAAUCGAGAAUAGUAACGAACUAUAUAUACUCGACCCCUCUUUUGACAGACGGAAGACAUACCAGUUCUCAGAGAUAUUUGACCAUCUAACCACCCAAGAGGACGUCUACAACAACAUUGUCUCCCCAAUGGUCCAAGAUGUCCACACGGGGUACAACUGCACUGUGUUUGCCUACGGACAGACUGCCUCCGGAAAGACCCACACAAUGGAGGGCAAUCUGGAAUCCUCCGAGUCCGGACUUUGCAAAGACGCGGGAAUAAUCCCCCGAGUCCUCUCAGACUUGUUUGACCUCACAAAGGCAUGGUUGGUGUCUCACUGCAGGACAAAGACGGCUACAUCGAGAUGUCCUACAUCGAGAUAUACAACGAGGAGAUUUUCGACCUGUUCUCCCAGUGUUGAUUCGGUAGGGAAGAUAAAUCAGAGUUUGCUGACAUUGGGACGAGUGAUCACAGCUCUGACUGAAAAGGCCAAGCACAUUCCCUACCGAGAGAGCAAACUGACGAGGAUUCUUGAAGAUUCGCUGGGCGGGCGUACUCGGACGACGAUAAUAGCCACGAUAUCCCCAUCCACCUCGUCAUUCGAGGAGACUCUGAGCACACUGGAGUAUGCCAGUCUGGCAGAAACAAUCGAAAACAAGCCACAAGUGAACGAGGACUUCCAACGAGGCAGUUUGCUGGAGGUUUGGAUGAGUGGUGUAUUGGAGAUGUUCGAACGGGAGAUCGACCGACUGAAGGAGCAACUGACAUGUGCCACGACGGGGAAGGGGGUGUUGAUGAAGGAGGACGACUUUGAGUACUCCUGUCAUUAACUCCCAGGGAAUUCACCCUCGAACUGUCCCACCAGGCUAAGACUGUCGCCUAUUUGGAGGAAUGUUAUCA